GUCGUGGCGUCUGUCAAGUUCAGCACCCUGGAGGGUCCACGUGUAAUGUUAAUGGGACUGUUAGACAGAAUUAGUCUUCAUUUUCUUUGAUAGGAGAAAUAUUAGCUUAUAUCGUAGCAUUUGAGUGUGUUAGUGGAAACCGACGUCGUAGUUCGUUGUCUUGAUCACUGUGUGUUUUGUUAAACUAGCUGAUAACAUUAGCUAAACGCUGUUUAGCCUAUGGUCAUUCUGAAUCGAAGGAAAGAUCAAAUUCACUGACACUGAUUGGACCAUUUCCACUGUUUAAGUAUCCUAGAAAGUAGUAUUACCUUUGCCCUUUAAAAACUAAGGAUGUUGGAAGAUGGCUACCAGAUUGCUUGAAUCAUUCAAUGAAUUUGACAGUUAUUCUCAGGAAGUUCUGAAUAGACGUUCAAGGUGGAACAAACUCAAUCAUGGAGAGAAGUGCUCUACCACCUUUAAUGAGCUCGGCGUAUCAUUUGGUGUUCAGCAUGACUGGGCAUUUGACCUGCCCUGCAACAGCAACACCUCGAGAUCAAAAUUAAACAUUGAAAUUAUACAUGAGAAGAAUUCAACUCGCAGACAAAGGAAAGCAAAGUAUGUUCCCGCACCAUCCCACAAAGAGCCUGGGUCUGUACAGACAGUCUGUAGCAAAGUUUACAUCUGUCCUUUCACAAGCACUAAGGAUUUGGCUCAAAGGACUGAUGACAGCAAAGCAGAUAAGGAAGAGGAUUCUGAUGGCUUCAUGGUUGUAAGAUUAAAUAAAGCACAGUCCUUUGCUUCAAAAAAGUGUGCGCCACACAGAGCAAAGUGGUCGAGAGAGCUAGAACGGUUGGCCCCAAUGGAUGUGCAUCUGAAAUACAACAGCAAGGCUCUGACUGGUGGAGCCUUACAUUACACCAACACUUCUCACUGGAGCUGCAGCCUCAACAGUGGCCGAGAGAGCCCAAUAAGUGCAUUCACAGAGGACGAGAAUGGCCAUUUCACUUUGCCGGGGUCAGUUAGCAAAGUUGUAACUGAGCAACUACAGCAGGGUAAUGUUGUUCGAGUGACUACCAGCGAGAGACGGUCAGAGGAAAAUCCUGAUAAAGAUCAGCUUUCCAGAGAUGGAGAGCCUCUUACACAGUCGCUGCCUUUAUGUCUUGAUGAUGAGCUAGAGAGAAACCAUGCAAAAGUGCUGUCAGCUCGAGCUCCUACCACUUACAGAUCUUUGCCAAUUGUUAGUGAGACAUUCCCUGUGGUCUACAACACUGGGCAGCCACACAACAAACCCUUCAGCAGCCCAGGCUUCCACACUCUGGAUCCUACGGGUCUUUCCAGAAAUCGAUGCUUCCCGAUGCAUGGUGACAUCAGGGGGAGCAAAGUUCACUCCGCCAUUGUCCGCCUCACGGACGCCGCGCAGGAGAGGCACGCGGCCAGGCUCCAGCGCAUGCCUGCGGCCACUAAGUGGAGCCUACACGACUACCAGGAGCCGACACGGGAGGCCAGAUCUGGACACAUGGAACAGAGGCCACAGAGUUUCAGGGUGCUGCCUGCAGAUGGGAGCCAGGACGCUGACCAGGACAGACUCCAUAUGCCGAGCCCUGCUUCAGGCAAGAGCUCUGCCAUUCCCUUCCUCAGCCUCAAACGGUGCCCAGUCUCCACUGUGCCAGUAGGCACAGUGCUUAAUGGAAUAAACCCCAAGCAAAAUGGCAGGUGUAGAAUUCGAUCCCCAGAUGACUCUAGACCACCUCAGAUUGGAGGUAAAACCAAGGCUACCAUCCAUGGACAUCCAAGACCUGAGUCUAUAAACUCAAACAAAACCUCCAACUUACUCCUACAGAAGAAGGAAAUGGGCUUUGUAUUUAUAUCAAAGGCGCUGAUUCCUCAUAAAAGUGAGGUAUAUACUUGCCUGUCUCGACACGGACUGCAGAAAAAAGUGUGGCACCCAGCUUCAGCCCAGCCUUUUCAUGGUGUUGUCAUGUCACCAGCAAGUGACUUAGAGAGUGUUGGGAUUGGUGUUAAUUUAUUUGCAUCUGCACCAAAAAGUCACAUGAACUCAGAAGUCCAAAAUUUGACAACUAACACACCAGACCCUGAUCUCUCAGAUGAUCAGAUAGAGUGUCCUAAACGUGCUAUGUCUGAAUGCAAGGAUUGCAAACAGAUUAUAAGCAUUCCUACGGCAGAGAUUGUGUAAUUUCUGAAUUAUAAACUUAAUAAAUUGUUUGACAUCUGCAAUUAUUUACUAUUUUA